AUGCGGCCGCUCCGUUUGAGCACUUGCCCUGCAGUCAGCUUGCUGGGGUCGGUGGUCCCGGCGGAGAUCGCCCGUCACAUCCGGAGGGUAGUUCGCGCGAUCAGGGCAAGCAUCAAAGUCAGCGCCUCCACAAGGGCCCACUCCGCGCUUUACCACAGUCCGUACAAACCGCCUCUCCGCCAGAGAGGUCUGCCGCUGCUCAUCAACAUCGAGGCCCGAGGACGCAGGCUGUUUGCCAUGAAGCCGCACGCGGCCGCGCACCACCCGCUGCACCCCGUACUCCUCUGCCUCCUCAUCCGAAUCAGGCAAGCGUUCCUCGGGCACCUUCGCUCGCGCCGCCUCGCCGCGCCGCUCGAGAAUGCUCGCAGCUGCCGACCCGAUCUGCUGACCGGCGCCGGCAUCUGGCUCGCAACGUCUGCGCCCUCCACCGGAAUUCGUAUGCAGCAUAGGCACCGGGUCUGGCAGCACCGGCUCAACGCCGCGCCCCGCGGUCGGUGCAAGCAGGGAAUGUUCCCGCUGCUGCUCUGCUGCAGCCUCGAGUCGCGGUGCGGCCUCCGCACUCUCGGCGUUCGCCUCUCGCCCUGCUGCAGCAUCCGUUCGCCGAGCGCCGAGCGCCUCCUCAAAGCAUGCGAGAAUCUCGUCGCUCUGAAGGUCAGCCUCGAGCACGUCGUCGGCAGCGCGGGCGCCACGGUCACAGAGCUCUGCGAGAAGAACCCGCCGUACGGGUUUGGCCCGCUCUGCCGUGCUGCGGACAGCUCCUCUUCGCUGCGCAUGCUGCGUGGCCUGAGAGAUCCAGCGCGUUGCUUCUACCGCUCGUGUGCGGUAGUCGGCGCGAGCGGCAACCUGCUCGGGUCGCGCUACGGUGCGGAGAUCGACUCUCACGACGCGGUGGUGCGCAUCAACCUGGCGCCCGACGGCCCGAUGACCGCGCGCAGCAAGGCAGCACCGCAUCGCCACGAGCCAACCUGGAUCUCGGACGGGUACGGCUACCUGACGCACUACUCCCGCUUCUGGCUCGCGCCGCCGCACGGCCACGGCAGUCACCCAAACAUGAGCGGCGAGCCGCUGCUCGCCGUCGUCUGCCACGAGCCGGGGCGCAACAUGGGCCGCUGCCGCGCCGAGCGGCUGGCUCACACGUUUGCCCACUCCGAGUCCGCCUCCUACCUCAUCAACCCCGGCCUGCUCGGCGAGAUUGCGAGCGACGAGUUUCGCGGCGUCCGCGGCCAAAAGACGCCGUCGACCGGCAUGGUUGCCAUCGCUCUGGCCCGCAAGAUGUGCGGAGCGGAGAGCGGCGCUUCGGGCGGCUACCACAACUUCUCGGCGCAGGCAGUCGUCUUGCGGCGGAUGGCACAGCGCGGCAAACGGCCGUAG